AUGUUCCAGACGUACACAGCUAUUCUCGGCCUGCUAUCUCUCAAGACUCUGUCGUGGACUGCAGUUGCGUCGGGCCAUUCCACUUUCGUCCUGCUGGCGACAUGGUCCGUAUAUGUCUAUCGGGACGUCUGGCCGCUCGCAACAUAUUAUCUAGCGCCAGCAGAUCAGCAGAGCGUCCUUUUCUGGCUCAAUUUUGCGGUAUUGACCAUUGCGGCGGUUGUCGUACCUCUUACCACCCCUCGAAAAUACGUGCCAUACAAUCCGCAGGAUCCAAUGCCGAGUCCGAAUCCGGAACAGACGUGCUCGAUCCUAUCUAUGACGCUGUUUACCUUCUUGGACCCAAUCAUAUGGGAUGGGUACCGGUCGCCGCACCUCAGUGUCGAACAGUUGCCACCGUUGUGCGAUUACGAGCUAAUGAAGUACAUGUCAAAAAGAAACUUUCCUUAUCUUGAUCCUCUGGAUCCUCAGUCUAGCCGACAUAUCUUCUGGGGAUUGAUGAGGCUAUAUACUUGCUUUUCUUUUUUGCAGCGCGUUAACAUGAUGAUGCAGGCAUCUGCAGGUAUUCUCACUCCGAUCGCAGUAAACAGGAUUUUGCAUUAUUUAGAGACCGGUGGCGAAAACGCCAGGACCCGUCCAUGGUUCUGGAUAUUGGCGUAUUUCGCAAGUCUCGUCUCGCCCGGUGUUAUCUCUGGACGUUACAUGUUCGUUGUGCUACGAGUACUAGUGCAAAUGCAGAAUACGCUCACGCAACUCCUCUUCGAACAUGCGCUGCGCAUUAGGCCGAAGGCGGAUAUCGUCACUUCCUCUGAUCUGAAAGGAGGUAAUAAGAGCAGCCCUACUACCCCGACAGAUGCGGCAUUCCUAUCCAGGGACGAGGCAAUGUUAGGCGAGGAGCAGGGCUCGUCAUCAGAAAGCAGCACGGCAGCCCCGUUCAGGAGCAGCAACGAGAAGGCUGCUGCCAUGGGCCGCGAGAAUAGUCAUAUGAUUGGCAAGAUCAAUAAUAUGAUCUCGACAGAUAUCAACAACCUCGAGGGUGGGCAGGGUUUUAUCAUGGUUGCAUGGUCUACGCCGCUCCAUAUUACUCUAAAUCUAGUGUUCCUGUACACAGUCCUGGGUUGGAGCGCACUAGUCGGAGUAGGCACCACCAUCGUCAUGUUAUGUAUUCCCGGCAUCAUAUCGAAAUAUUCUCACAAGCUUCAAGUCAAGAGAAUGGCGAAGAGUGAUGUUCGAGUAGGCGUUAUAUCUGAAGUCAUAGGAAGCGCCAUCCGGACGGUGAAGCUCUUCGGAUGGGAAAGACGGAUCAGCGACCGCAUAGACAAGAAGCGGAAGGAAGAGUUGCAUGCGCUUAAAAACUUCAGAAUUCUUUCGCUUGUGAACAAUAUCAGCAACAAUUUUAUCCCCUUGGUGACAAUGAUUGCCACGUUCGCAACUUAUACUCUAGUUGUGAAGGGUGAGCUGACAGCUUCGAAGGUCUUCUCGUCUAUGGCGGUGUUUCAAACCUUACAAGAUCACUUCAGAGGGUGUACCUGGUUUAUCCCCGUGUGCAUUCAAGCAAAGGUGGGUUUGGACAGGAUUACGGACUUCCUCCGGGAGACCGAGCUGUUGGAUUACUAUGCCAGGUCUACGCAAGAACAAGCUGUCACCCCAGGCCUUCCCGACUCUAGCGUCGUUGGUAUCCGCGAAGCUUCUUUCGUUUGGGACGCCAAGCAGGUAGCAAGUGCCAUGCCUGGAUCUUCACGGCGCAGCUUCAAGCUGUGCAUCGAGAACGAACUUGUGUUCAAACGCGGGCACAUCAACUUGAUUGUCGGACCUACCGGAUGUGGAAAAACAUCCCUGCUCAUGGCAUUGCUUGGCGAAAUGCAUUACCUUCCGAUUGGACCCGACUCCUACGUCAACCUUCCCCGGGCAGGUGGAGUCGCGUAUCACGCACAGGAGUCUUGGGUCCUGAAUGAAACUAUUCGAAACAACAUUCUAUUCGGGUCUCCCCUCGAGCAAGACCGAUACGACAAAGUUCUUCGGCAGUGCGCAUUGGAGCGAGACUUGUCUCUAUUUGAUGCGGGGGAUCAAACAGAAGUUGGCGAAAGAGGAGUAACUCUCAGCGGUGGUCAGAAAGCCCGCAUAACACUUGCUCGAGCGAUCUAUUCAAGAGCAGAGACUCUGCUUUUGGAUGAUGUCUUCGCGGCACUAGACGUCCAUACCUCCCAGUCAAUUAUCGAAGGGUGCUUCCAAGGAGAUCUAGUACGAGGACGUACUGUUAUCUUGGUUACCCACAACGUCGCGAUAGCGGCCCCUAUCACCGAUUUCGCUGUCUCACUUGGUACAGACGGACGCAUCAAGAGUCAGGGCACGCUUUCGAGUGUGCUCGAGAAGGAUGCGAAGCUGUCAGCCCACAUCACUAAAGAGACGUCUUGGAUGAAGAGAACCGACGAAAACACAGACAAUUUCAAACUCGACACGGGGGAGCAAAAGCCUGCGGGCAGGCUGACUACAGCCGAGGAGAUAGCCGAAGGACAUGUCGGCUGGUCAGCCAUGAAGCUGCUACUUCUGAACACUGCCAAAGGCCCGAUGCUUGUCGUAUUCUGGCUGGUGUUUCUCAGUGCCAUGUUGGCUAGCCGCUCGGCAGCCAUUUUGGAUUCGUGGGUACUCGGCUUGUGGGCGAGACAAUAUGAGAUUCACGACCCGUCCCAAGUUUCCGUGACUUACUAUUUGUCUCUCUACAUCGGAGUCAUCACAUUUUCCGCUAUAUUUCUGGCAUGCGGUUACACUAUAUAUAUGUACGGCACCCUACGAGCCUCUCGAAUAAUCCACCGGACCUUGGUGGAUACCAUACUCCAUGCAACGCUUAGAUGGCUUGACAACACUCCAUCCUCUCGCAUUAUUUCUCGUUGCACACAAGACAUCGCCUCCGUCGAUAGCCAGGUCGCAGAUGGUUUCUAUUUCGUGGCAGACGUUGCUUGCGACGUGAUGCUCAAAUUCUGCGUCAUCUGUCUAGUGUCUCCGGCCGUCGCUGGACCAGGUGCUCUGCUUGUCUUGAUAGGCACCGCACUGUCCAGGGUCUACAUGAAAUCACAGCUGUCUGUCAAGCGGGAAAUGAGUAAUGCCAAGGCGCCUGUUAUGGGCCAUGUUGGUGCUGCGAUUACCGGCCUUGUGUCUAUCCGCGCAUAUGGCGCUCAAGAGGCCUUUCGACAAGAGUCUUACCGCAGACUGGAUCGACUCACUGUCGCGGCAAGGGUGUAUAGAAACUUGAAUAGAUGGAUAUCUAUUCGCGGAGAAAUGCUAGCGGGCCUCUUUUCGGCUUCCCUCGCCACGUACAUGGUGUAUGGACCUAGCCGAGAUGCGUCUGACACCGGUUUCUCCUUGACAAUGGCGGUUGGGUUCAGUAGUAUGAUACUCUUUUUCAUCAGCGUCUUGAACGACUUCCAGGUCGAAGGUACUCUGGAACGAAUUCAACAGUACCUAACCAUCGAGCAGGAACCUACGCCUACUGAUUCUGGCCUCCCUCCAGCGUUCUGGCCGGUAAGUGGUACCCUGAGAGUAGAGAAUUUGUCCGCUCGGUACUCCGAGGAUGGCCCAAAGGUUUUGCACGACAUCUCGUUCGAUAUCAAGUCUGGAGAGCGAGUCGGGAUAGUCGGGCGGACUGGAAGUGGCAAGAGCUCAUUGGCUAUGGCGCUGCUUCGCUGCAUUCCCACGGACGGUAAAGUUUACUUCGAUGGCAUACCUACCGACUCGGUCAACCUCGACGCGCUUCGCACAAGUAUCACUAUCAUCUCGCAGGUGCCCGAACUUCUGGCCGGCAGUCUUCGCGAAAAUUUAGAUCCAUUCUCGCAACACGGCGACGCGACGCUGAAUGAAGCUCUUCGUUCGGCCGGACUCUUGUCCCUGCAAGGAGAUCCAAACGAGAGCAAUCUAACGCUGGACAGUGUCCUCUCGGGUGGCGGAAGCAACCUUUCUGUCGGACAGCGCCAGAUCAUCGCACUCGCUCGCGCAACGGUGCGGCAGAGUAAGUUGCUUAUUCUAGACGAGGCGACAUCUGCCGUCGAUUACGACACAGACGUUGUUAUCCAGGAGUCGUUAAGGAAAGGCGUCGCCAAAGACGUUACGCUGCUUACCAUUGCGCACCGCCUUCAGACUAUCAUGGACUCAGACAAGAUUAUGGUUCUGGACGCUGGUCAUGUUGUCGAAUUUGGCCCUCCCACUGAACUGCUUCAAGAUCCUGGUGGCUUCUUCAAGUCACUGGUAGACGCCUCAAGAGACAGAGAGAAGCUCUAUGCCAUGGUGGCCAAUGAUGCGUAG